AUGGCGAUCUCCGGUCUCGAUCAGGAGCUCGAUGCGCGUCGCCUCGAGAAUGCCAUGUGGCGGUCAUGGAUGCAGGAGCAGGCCUCUUCCAACAAGGCGGCGGGACCCCCGUCGCAGCCAUCGGACAAUACCGAAGGCAAGCUGCAGAGGGUGCGCAGCUCCAUCGGGGACCACAUCGACUUCAGUCAGAUUCGUUACCCACAGGAGAAGAGGAGCUGCAGGUACGACGACCUUCCGACGUUCCCGCCCAGGCCAAACUUCGCAGCCUUCGAGAACGCUUUGCGUCCAGCUUCGCAGUGUGUGGUAUAUGACGGUUGCCCAGAGGACCCUUACCACCCUUCCAACACGCCGAUCUACCAGACUGCGACUUUCGUUCAGCCCUCGUCCAGCGAGUUUGGGCCCUACGACUACACACGAUCCGGAAACCCCACGAGGACCGCCCUUGAGAAACACGUUGCUAUGCUGGAGCAUGCGGCUGCCGCCUUUGCUUUUUCCUCCGGCAUGGCUGCGCUCCACACCGUGACGCGCCUGCUGAAGCAGGGUGACGACAUCCUCGUAAACGAGGACAUCUACGGUGGAAUGCACCGGCUUCUGACGCAGGACUGCAAGCACAGUGGCAUUCAGGUGCGAUUUGUGGACACGACGAACUUGGAUGCAGUGGCAAAAGCGAUUUUGCCGACCACUCGCAUCAUCCAUACGGAGAGUCCUUCCAAUCCUCGCAUGCGAAUCACCGACCUGAGGGCACUGGCGAAAUUGGCGCACCAGAAAGGUGUUCUGCUCAGUGUGGACAGUACGAUGAUGCCGCCCGUGAUCUGCCAGCCGUUGUUGCUGGGAGUCGACAUCGUGGUCCACUCUGCCACGAAGUUCUUCUCGGGCCAUGCAGAUUGUACAGGGGGACUGGUUUGCGUGAGGGACCCGGAGCUCGCCCACCGUGUGGCCUUCCUCCAGAACGCGGAGGGCACAGCCCUGGCACCUUUCGAGUGUUUCUUGUUCCUCCGGGGCAUCAAGACCAUGUGGCUCAGAGUGAGUCGGGCACAGGAGAACGCCCAGGAAAUCGCCAAGUUCCUCUCCAGGCAUCCCAAAGUCACUGGCGUCUUUUUCCCGGGCCCUGGUGGCUGUGACAACCGGGCUCUGAGGAUACACCAGUCGCAGAGCAGCGGGCCGGGAUGCGUCAUCAGCUUCACAACAGGCUCGGUGGGCUUCUCACGCCGGCUGUUGGAUGCCAGCCGGCUUUUUAAGACCACCGUGUCCUUCGGCAGCGUCAACAGUUUGGGGGAGAUGCCCUGCACCAUGAGUCACGCAUCGAUUCCUGCGGAGCAGCAGACGCUUCCGCAGGAUCUGGUUCGUCUCUCUGUGGGCAUCGAGGACGUGCGCGACCUGCUUCUGGACUUGCAGCGGGCACUGGAGACGGCCAGUGGCCAGCGCGAGCAGCCGAGCAACGACCAGUACGACAGCCGAUUUGAAGACCUUCCCGUGGUUCCCAGGCUUCCGGGGGCCAUCGCCGAGGAAACGGAUGGGCACGACGACCCCUCGGGCUUGCAACGCAGCGACUCCCUCGUAGGCUUCCUUGCGGCGCAGGCUCAGCAAAAACGUCCUGGGCUCGCACUGCUGGGUGUCGCCGCGGUUUCUGUUCUCACUCUAGGAGCUUUGGCCGCCGCCCGGAGCCAACGCAGGUGUGCAGGCUUCAUCGCCGGUUUCGGCUUCGAUGUCACGGUGAUGGUCCGCUCCAUUCUGCUGCGGGGCUUUGACCAGGACAUCGCCAACAUGAUUGGUCAGUACAUGCAGAAGCACGGUGUGAACUUCGCGCGGGAGAUGGUCCCAUCCAAAUUCGAGAAAACAGCGGAUGGGAAGGUCAAGGUUUUCGUGAAGGACGCGGAGUACGGGGUGUUCGACACUGUGCUGGUUGCCAUCGGCCGGACCGGCUUGGCUAGCCAGCUCAAUGUGGAGGCAGCCGGCCUGUCCUACAACCCGAAGACGGGCAAAGUCGUUGUCGACGACAAUGACCAGACCAGCGUGCCCAACAUUUUCGCCAUCGGAGAUGUGUGCGAGGGGAAGCCCGAGCUGACCCCGGUGGCCAUCCAGGCCGGCCGCAUGUUGACGCGCCGCCUCUUCGCUGGGUCCACGAAGAAGAUGGACUACACAGACAUUGCCACCACAGUCUUCACUCCCAUCGAGUACGGCUGUGUGGGCUACUCUGAGGACGAAGCGAGGGAAAAGAUCUCCAAGGACCGCAUCAAGGUCUACCACUGCACCGCCCAGCCUUUGGAGUGGAACCUGAACUCCGAGCGUAAGGACGACAUGGGGUACAUGAAGCUGAUCGUGGACAAGGAGGAGAAGGAGAAGGUGGUUGGUGUACACAUCCUUGGCCCCAACGCUGGGGAGAUCAUCCAAGGCCUGAGCGUGGCCAUCCGCUGCGGUGUCACGAAGGAACACUUCGAUGACUGCGUGGGAAUCCACCCAACCUAUGCCGAGUCGUACACCACGAUGACUGAAGAGAAGACGGAGGGUUCAGCCCUUCCUACUAAGGGAGGCUGCUGA